AUGGGUGCAAUAGGAUCCUCCCCAAAUGCAGAGAUCAGCACUGAGGCUCCCUCCAUUCUGGGCGCGCAAACGCGCAUUCUUCCUCGUUCGGUCUCUCACAACCGCACUGAAAGCGCUCAAAGUCGACCGGCUUCGGCUGCAGGGCCCUCCUCCGAAGCUGCACACCAGCCCUCAAGCAGCCUCAGACCGCUGCGCCUCGUUGCCAGCUCUAGCAACAUCUCACCCAAGCUCACUGCUACUGCAACGAAUGGAAGGGGCAACAUUGGGGGGUCUGCUGAUGCUGAUGCUGCCUCUGCUCUACGUCGGCCAGCCUUCAAGCGCGUCGAAUCUGCAUCCGCUGCUAUCCUUCGCUCGAGAGCAGCUUCUCCAGCACCGAGUGCCGCCGAAUCAUGGACACAAGCAGGUGAUGCAGAGGGCGCAUACAUCCGCAAAACUUACGCACACUUUGACUCGCGCGGCGUCGAAGACGACGGAUUCGUGGAAGGGCAAGAAUGGACGCGAGAGAGGGGGCGCGUCUCGGGAACCGAGGAGCAAGACCCUGACUAUGAGGGAGAGUCACACCAAGAGAGAGAGGCGCGGAUUGCUCGCGAGGAAGUCAUGAGCAGCAUAGACCGUUAUGGGUUCUUCGCCAAGGAGUUGAAUGGCAGCUCAUCAAGGCCCCCUAGGACUACCAUACUGCCCGCGCCUGCGUUUGCCAAGCUGCCUUCCAAGCGGAGAUCAGCUCUGAAAUCUGUCAAGAAGAAGCCUGCUCCUAAAGGAAGUCCGACAGUGGGCAGCGAAAAAGCACGCGAAGCGUUGCGGGUCGAGAAAUGGCAGCGCAUGCUUCGAGUCGAUUCCAGGGAUGCAGGCGGCAACGUCAGCGGCUACAGACUUGCGCCGAAUCUCGUUCAGAGCAAGAAAUUACGGAGAAGGGUUUACAAGGGUGUGCCUGAUCGAUGGAGAUCCGCUGCUUGGUGGGCAUUAGUUUGCGACGGCCAUCACUCAAUCUUCGCGAAUGGGGAUGCGAGGCCUCAUCGAUACGCAGAACUGAUCAAGAAACCCAGCCCUCACGACGUCCAAAUCGAUCUGGACGUGCCUCGAACAAUCAGUGGUCAUGUUCUUUUCCACACGCGAUAUGGACAAGGCCAAAGAGGUCUAUUUCACGUCUUGCAUGCAUUCAGUCUGCAUUGCGAUGACUGCGCUUACUGUCAGGGAAUGGGCCCGAUCGCUGCAACGUUGCUGGUCUACUUGCCGCCGGAGAGGGCCUACGCAUGCCUGACCGCCAUGCACGAUGCGCGCGAGUACGGUCUGCACAAGACUUUCUCUCCUGGCUUUCCCGGGCUAGUGGAGAGUUUCUACGUCCAGGAGCAGUUGGCUCUAGCGUAUAUGCCCGACAUAGCGCGACAAUUGCUGGAGCAAGACAUCACGACGUCAAGCUACGCCACGCGCUGGUACAUUACGCUCUUCGCGAAUGUCGUGCCCUUUCAGACGCAGAUUCGUCUGUGGGACGCCCUACUGUUGGACGGUGCAGACGUGCUCGUCAUCUUCAGUCUAGCGGUGCUGUGGGCGCUCAGAGAUCGCCUCAUCCAUCCCAAUGCGACGUUCGAGACCAUCCUGGGUGCUCUAGGCGCCGAGCUUUUGCCCGAGGACGAUGAUGCGCUCAUGAGAUGGGUGGAACAUUUCAGUGCCCGGGACGAUGUCAAGAAAAAGAUCGCAAAGGCGCACAAGGAGUGGCACGUCCGUGAACUUGCCGGUGACGCUCAUCUGACGUAG